CAUUUUUUUCAAGAAAUGUUAUAAUUUGUUAAAAAGUGCUAAGAAAUGGGAUUUUUUUGGACUGAAUAUAGUGUUAAAGUAGAGCCAUCUAAUUGUUCAAACAGUAGUUCUAAAAAUUUAAAUGAAAAUUGCCCUAUAUCUAGGGCAGAAGAUCAAAACAUAUGUCCUUAUAAGAAACAGGAGGAAAUUAAUCCUCUUAAUAAGAUGCCUAAAGAUCUUCCUCAGACAAUGGCUUAUAAUCAAAAGAAAUUACUUCCUACACGGCGUACAUUAUCAUCAAUUCCUAGAAAUGAUAUUAAUGAGAAUUGGGAAUAUCCAUCUCCGCAGCAAAUGUAUCAUGCAAUACUUAGAAAAGGACAAAAAGAUGUUUCAGAAGAUGCGGUAGAACCUAUGGUAGAAAUACAUAAUUUUUUAAACGAAAGUGCAUGGAAUGAGAUAAAAAAAUGGGAGGAGAGACGUGGAUGUUAUAAUCCUAAGUUAUCACAUUUCAAAGGUAGAGCAUCAGACUAUACGCCAAAAUCUUUAAUAUUAUAUUAUAUUGGAAAAAUCUAUCCUUCAAAAUUUGGAUCAUCUUUACCUUUUGAUAGACAUGAUUGGUACGUUUCUCGUAAUGGAAAGAUUGUUCGAUAUGUAAUUGAUUAUUAUGAUGCACCUCUAGAACCAUCAGGUGAAGUAGCAUUUUAUUUGGAUGUAAGACCAGCUAUUGAUACACCGGGAGCUGUAUAUGAUAGAAUUAGUGCAUGGACAUCUAAAACAUGGGCUCGAUUAUUUGAAAAUUCUGGAAAUUUACAUUCCUGAAUAUUAAAAUGUAUAUUUAAUCAUUAGGUAUUUUUUCU